AGUAGCACACACCUCCACGCUUCUUCUGGUCUUACUAUGGUUCACACAUGUGUGGUGGCAGGCUGUAGGAACAGAAGGACACCGGGCACCACUUUAUCUUUCUACCGUUUCCCACGGGACCCCGAGAGGAAGCAGCGCUGGAUAGCUGCUGUGAACCGACAGGGCUGGGUGCCUAACGACGGCAGUCGGCUGUGUAGUACUCACUUCAUCUCAGGUAAACAGGUGAAGAAUCCCCGUUCCCCGGAUUAUGUUCCUUCAGUGUUCACAUCAGCCACCUUAUCCCCGGAGAUGAAGGAGCCAGGUGUCUUGGAGGUCCUGGACAAGCAGGAGGCUCGUGUGGAGGCAGCCAACGCCUUGUUGUUCCUGCAGGGUCAGGGCAGCUCUGUGACUUGUGAGCAUGCUCAGGAGGAACCUCCCGAGGAGAGAGAGCAGGAGACUAUCGUGGAGGAAAGUGCCUCCUCUUCUCUUAGCACUGAUGAAGAUGAUGAUGAGGAGGAUGAUGAAUCUUUGAGUGACAGCAAGAAAGGAAAGUCUGCUCAUACUUCUGAUGCACAAGCUAACUAUGACGAUCUCCUAAAAGCCCUGAAGAAGGAGAACCAGGCCCUCAGGGAGUCUGUGGAGAGGAUGUCACUCUCUGAGAGCUCCUUGAGGAAUGAUGCAGAGAAAGUGAAGUUUUAUACUGGUUUACCAAACUUCUUUGUCCUAGAGACAGUCAUGUGGCUGCUGGCUCCUCACAUGGACGGGAUGAAAAAUGUGAAACUCUCCAAGUUCCAGCAGCUUCUUCUCACACUGAUGCGUCUCCGCCUUGAUCUCCGCAACCAAGACCUGGCCUACCGUUUUGGAGUCAAAGUCAGCAUGGUCACCAGAACAGUUCACCAGAUGGUCAACAUCAUGUCCUCCACUCUGGUGCCCACAGCCGUCUUCUGGCCCUCAAGAGCCGAGCUCAGGAAGAACCUACCUGCGGCUCUUUGUGCCUCCCACCCUGACUGUGCUGUCAUCAUAGACUGCAUCACGGUGCCCUUUGAGGAGCCGGUUUCCCGGGGCAACCAGCAGCAGCUACAGCAAGUGACGGGGACAAGCUAUAACGUGUUAAAGUAUCUGAUUGGUGUGGCUCCUCAAGGAGUUGUCACUUUCGUCUCCAGGGGUGUGCUGGGAAAUGUCAGUGAUAAAAGCCUGGCUGAAGGCUGUGGGUUUCUUUGCAAGCUUCUUCCAGGAGAUGUUGUGUUAGCAAACCGGGAUCUAGACAUUGCUGAGUCUGUGGCUGCUAGGGGAGCAAUAUUUAAAAUCACCAGCAGCUAUGGGAGCUCAGAGGGCUCAGCCCUCGCUGAAUCUUCCUCUGAGACGCUGAGUGUGCAGAGGCAUGUGGAGAGGGUGAUCUCCAUGGUGAAGCAGAGGUACGCCAUGCUCACCGGCCCCGUCGAGAGCCCCUUCACAACAGCCUCUGAGCGCACAUCCAACCUCUCCACCUUCGAUAAGAUUGUGCAAGUCGCCUGUGCCUUAAACAACCUGUGCAUCUCUGCUGCUCCUCUAGAGUGAAUUAGACACAAACUCCUAGUGUUCCUUAAUGCUACCCAGGCAAUCGAGUUCCCUUUACUGCUUUGGACCUAAUCUGUUCUUCUCACACUUGAUCCUUGUGUCGACACUCCAGCAGUACUACAGAAAAUUAAUUCUAUACUUAUCUGCUUUAAUUUACACUUUCAGCGUAGGUGACUUCCUGUUAUCUAGGCCGGUCUGUACUUGAAGAUAAGAGCAUGUCUCCCAAAUCCAGAAACAACAUUGCUUAGAUAUGAUGUCAUUACGUUAUGCAACUUAACUGAGAGUGAAUGACAGGCUUAUAGUGGGUGUUUUUUUUUAAUGUAGGCAUUGAACAACUGCAGUGUGAGUAAGAUAUGCCCUUUAAAUACAUGUUGGUUUGCACUGUGUUAACACUGAGGUAUAAAGUGCAGUUUUAUAAGAGGGCGGGUUCAAACCAUCA